AUGCACAGGUUUCCCAUUCCGCCGCCCACUUGGGCCGCAUACAGACAGAACCAAGAAUACUAUGAUCGUUUGUACCAAGGGCUCAGUGGUCCCUGGUAUAACCCCAACACUGCCGUCCCCGGCUUCGUGGAGUUGCCAGGACAUUCUGUGCCCCCACCCGCGACUGUCAAUCAAGCAUCGUCCUCUCAGCUCAAGCCCAAGGCUCGAGGCCGCCGUGUGACAAUUGCCACUGCCAGUGAUGAAGAGAAUGGCGUUGUCACAGACACCGAGGGCAACAUCACGGACAGAUCCAACCCUGUCUCCAAGAGCAAGAUGACUACCAAGGCGAAGGGAAAAGACAAGGCGGUUCAAACUGAGUCAGAGGACGAAUCGUCUGCUGGUGAGACGUCAGUCCUUUCAUCCGUCGCCUGCAUUAAGGACCCCAAGUGGUCUCUUUCAGAAGACUGCCGCCUUCGCAGCAUGAAGGAGGCCGGCGAGACUUGGGCUUUCAUUUCGGGAUCUCUCUGCAAGACAAAGGACGAUGUCCGAGCUCGCUGGAAGAUACUCCAGAGUCAGUUGCUUGCCAAAGACACUAUCAAGGACACUGACACCGACAAUGCCACUGAGGAGGUGUCUGUCGAUGAUACAACCGACGAAGACGACGGAAACGACGGAGACGACGAAGAGUCUGCUGAAGGCGAGGAAGACUCCGAUGCAGACGACGAGAACUCUGAUGACGAUGAAGAGUCUGAUGAGGAAGAUGAGGACGAUGAGGACGACGAUGAUGACGAGUCCGACGAUGAUGAUGAAGAGUCCGACGAGUCUGACGAGGCCGACGAAGACUCUGGUGAUGACACCAACAAGAUUCCCAAGUCCACUUGCCACAGCAAGUGGCAAAAGGGUGAGAUGAAGCAUCUGCAGGAACACGUCUACGGGGCCAUGUACCCUCCUCAUAUCUACCCGCAGCCCAACGCCCACUUGGUCAAACGAGACUGCGCCCUCCUUGCUACCAUUGACAGCAAGUAUAAGCGAUCUCGCUGGCUCGAAAUGCAGGCCAAUUUCUACAACGUCACAGGGCAAAUGGUUCCUCUUGUAUCAUUCAAGGCCAGAUUCGAGCGCGCUGAGGCCGAGAAGACGGAGCGCUCCAAGACCCGCGAACUUGAGAAGCGGUUGAACAAGGUCGAGGACUGGAUUGCGAAGCAGGAACGUGACAAGUCGGCCGACUCCGACGACACUGAAGAUUCCGACGACUCGGAUGAGUGA